ACGUCAGGACCCGAACACUGCGCACGCGCAGCCGCUCCACAGACAACGGUACCGGAGUCACAACAACCGACAGCAACUCACCGUGACCGGCCUGUAGCUCGGUGACUGUCCGCCUAUCGGAGGCCGGGACCGGCGCUGCUGCCUGACACGGGCCGGGGGACAGAGCCCCAGCGGACCCGUGGAGGAGGAGCCGGAUUCCAGUCUCUGCCCCGAACACUCGUUCAGUCCGGUCGAAUGUUACCAGCGGGGCGGGCAGCGCGGAGCAGCCGCUGAUUCGCACCGAUAACCCGGGUAGUCCUCACCGUGUGUCCGCUCACAGACAAACUCCGGAUGGAUCCGUCCUGUCGCUAACCGCUGCUAACAUUAGCAGCCGGGCUACAUGCUAACAGGCUAACGAGUAGCUCCGCAGCGUCACGCCUGGUACCGUUGAUGUGAGCGGCUAACGACCACCAUGCUGUGAUCCGGUAACGGCUCCCUCCCGUUAGCUGCUAGCCGCGGAGCGACCCGCCAGCUGCGGGACGUCUGGCCGCAGACAGCUCUGCGUACAGCGGCGGACGAUGGUCGCAGUGACGGCAGCUGCUCUGGAGGAUCGGCCCGUCUCAGCUCUGCGCUCCGCUCUUCCUGGUGGACCCGGACAGACCCGGACAGACCCGCACAGCGUUCAUGUAAACCGGUGAGCCGUGCGUGUCGGUCCGGUUGCGGCGCUCAGACCCCGCACACCCCGCACACCCCGCAGCAGACAUGCAGGCGGCUCAGCUGCAGUACGACUUCUUCAACGAAGAGAACUCUCCGAAAUGGAGAGGCCUGCUGGUCCCUUCACUGGAGAAGGUACUGAAACAGGUGCAUCCUACCUUGGGGUCCCAGCAGGAGGCGCUGCAGUACAUCGAGGAGCUGAUCCUGCUGCUGCUCAGUAUGUUGUGUCAGGCUCAACCACGAAGUGUUCAAGAUGUAGAGGAGCGUGUUCAGAAGAGUUUUCCUCACCCCAUCGAUAAGUGGGCGAUCGCUGACGCUCAGGCCGCCAUCGAGAAGAGGAAGAGGAGGAAUCCACUGGCUCUUCCUGUCGACAAGAUCCACCCACUGCUCAAGGAGGUGCUGGGCUAUAAGAUUGACCACCAGGUGUCAGUAUACAUGGUGGCGGUGUUGGAGUACAUCUCAGCUGACAUCCUGAAACUGGCAGGAAACUACGUGAGGAACAUUCGACACUACGAGAUCUCACAGCAGGACAUCACUGUGGCCAUGUGUGCAGACAAGGUUUUGAUGGACAUGUUCCACCAGGACGAGGAGGACAUCAGUGGUUUCCCUCUGAUGGACGAGGAGCCGUCAGCCAAUGAGGAGCAGAGUUACUAUGAGCUGGUGAGGAGCUUCAUGUCCGACGGUCGUCAGUACCUGAGACACCUGAACCUUCUGAUCAAGGUGUUCAGAGAACCAUUCACCUCCAGCCCCAUGCUGUUCUCUCCACACGAUGUGGACAGUAUCUUCAGUCGGAUCGUGGAUAUCCAUGAGGUGACGGUGAAGCUGUUGGGUUUGAUUGAAGACACAGUGGAGAUGACGGAUGAUGGAAGUCCUCAUCCUCUGGUGGGAAGCUGCUUUGAGGACCUGGCUGAGGAGUUGGCCUUUGACCCCUAUGAGACGUACGCUCAGGACAUCCUCCGUUCUGGUUUCCAUGAACACUUCCUCAGUCAGGUGUCCAAACCUGGAGCUGCCUUCCACCUGCAGUCCAUCUGUGAAGGUUUUAAAGAAGCUGUUCAGUAUGUUCUGCCCAGACUGCUGCUCACACCUGUUUACCACUGUCUGCACCUGUUCGACAUCCUCAAGCAACUGGAGGAGAAGAGUGAGGAUGAGGAGGAUAAAGAGUGUGUGAAACAGGCCAUCACUGCUCUACUGAACCUGCAGAGCAGCAUCGAGAGGAUCUGCUCCAGGAGCCUCGCUAAGCGGAGGCUCAGCGAGUCAGCGUGUCGUUUCUACAGCCAUCAGAUGAAGGGGAAGCACCUGGCCAUCAAGAAGAUGAACGAGAUCCAGAAGAACAUUGAUGGCUGGGAGGGGAAGGACAUUGGUCAGUGCUGCAAUGAGUUCAUUAUGGAAGGCACUCUGACCCGUGUGGGCGCCAAACACGAGCGCCACAUCUUCCUCUUUGACGGCCUGAUGAUCUGCUGCAAGUCUAACCACGGCCCUCCACGGCUUCCCGGGGCCGGCUCCACGGCAGAGUAUCGGCUCAAAGAGAAAUUCUUCAUGCGGAAAGUCCAGAUCAAUGACAAGGACGACAAGGAGGGCGAGUACCGGCACGCCUUUGAGAUAAUCCUAAAAGAUGGGAACAGUGUUGUGUUUGCAGCCAAGACUGCAGAGGAGAAGAACGGCUGGAUGGCGGCGCUGAUCUCGCUGCAGUACCGCAGCACGCUGGAGCGCAUGCUGGACUCCGCCAUGCUGCAGGAGGAGAAGGAGGAGCAGAUGAGGCUGCCGGGAGCAGAGGUGUACCGAUUCGCCGAGCCAGACUCGGAGGAGAACGUUGUGUUUGAAGAGAACGUCCAGUCCAAGUCCGGAAUCCCCAUCGUCAAAGCAGGGACGGUCCUGAAACUAAUCGAGAGGCUCACCUUCCACAUGUACGCAGAUCCAAACUUUGUCCGAACAUUUCUGACCACCUACAGGUCGUUCUGUAAACCUCAGGAGCUGCUGGACCUGCUCAUGGAGAGGUUUGAGAUCCCGGAGCCGCGACCCAACGAGACGGAUCACAUGGAGGGAGGCGAGCAGCCGCUCAGCGCUGAACUCAAACGCUUCCGCAAAGAGUUUGUUCAACCGGUCCAGCUCAGAGUACUGAAUGUGUGUCGUCACUGGGUGGAGCAUCACUUCUAUGACUUUGAGAGAGACUCUUACUUGUUGAGACGACUGGAGGACUUCAUCGCCUCAGUCCGAGGUAAGGCGAUGAGGAAGUGGGUGGAGUCAAUCACUAAGAUCAUCCAGAGGAAGAAGCAGGUUCAGGUGAGCGUUCCCAGUCACAGCAUCACCUUCCAGAGCUUGCCUCCUCCAAUCGAGUGGCACAUCUGUAAACCAGGAAACAGCGAGCAAUUCGAUCUUAUGACGCUGCAUCCCAUCGAGAUUGCCCGACAACUCACUCUGCUCGAGUCCGAAUUCUACAGGGCGGUGCAGCCGUCGGAGCUGGUCGGCAGCGUCUGGACCAAAGAGGAUAAAGAGAUUCACUCUCCUAACCUGCUGAGGAUGAUCCGACACACGACCAACCUCACCCUUUGGUUUGAGAAGUGCAUUGUGGAAACAGAGAACCUAGAGGAGCGAGUGGCUGUUGUUUCUCGAAUCAUCGAGAUCCUGCAAGUUUUUCAGGAACUCAACAACUUUAACGGGGUUCUCGAGGUCGUCAGCGCCAUGAACUCCUCACCUGUCUAUAGACUGGACCACACCUUCGAGCAAAUUCCGAGUCGACAGAGAAAAAUCCUUGAGGAAGCUCACGAGCUGAGUGAAGAUCACUACAAGAAAUAUUUAGCCAAACUGCGCUCGAUCAACCCCCCCUGUGUCCCCUUCUUUGGAAUCUACUUGACCAACAUCCUGAAGACAGAGGAGGGAAACCCCGACUUCCUGCGCCGUCACGGCAAAGAUCUGAUCAACUUCAGUAAGAGACGGAAAGUGGCUGAAAUCACCGGAGAGAUCCAACAGUACCAGAACCAGCCGUACUGUCUGAGGGUGGAGAACGACACCAGGAAGUUUUUCGAGAACCUGAACCCAAUGGAGGACAUGUCAGAGAAGGACUUUGCUGAUCAUCUGUUCAACAAAUCUCUGGAGAUUGAACCUCGAAACGCCCGAUCGUUACCUCGGUUUGUGAAGAAGUACACGUGUCCUCUGAAGUCUCCCGGGAUCCGGCCCACCUCAGCAAGACCCGGCACCAUGCGACACCCGACCCCGCUGCAGAACGAGCCCAGGAAGAUCAGCUACAGCCGCAUCCCCGACUCCGAGGCCGAGGGGGUCGCGGUCUCUGCCCCCAACUCCCCCCGCACCCCCCUGACCCCGCCCCCUGCCUCUGCCGCCUCCAGCUCCACUGACGUAGGAAGUGUCUUUGAUUCGCCACAGGGUCCCAGCAGCCCCUUCCACUCCAACUGCGACAGUAUCUUUGCUGUGUUCUCUCUUCCUCAUGGUCCACGGUCGUCCUCUGUCUCCUCCAUGGUGAGUUUCAGUCGGGGCUCAGAAGACGCUCCUGUUCCUCCUCCUGUUCCACCUCGAAGACGACCAGAGUCGGCCCCGGCUGAGUCCUCCCCCUCCAAGAUGAUGUCGAAGCUGGACAGCCCCGCCGUCCCCCCUCGUCAGCCCACAUGUAAGCUCCUCCCCCCUCGUUACUCAUCAUCGUUGUCAUCGUCAUCCCCCCCUGACAGCCCCCCCUCGCUGCCUCCUCGGGAGCCCCUUAGUUCUCCUCUUCACCUGCUCCCCCAGGGUCCUCGCUGUGACCUGCUGCCUCAGGCCUUCUUCCCCUCCACCACCACCUCCUCACCCUCCAUCAGUUCCAUCCCCACCACCUCCUCGCCCCCUCCUCCGCCCACCCCCAUCACCCCCAGCCCAACUCCUGCCUCCAGGAAGAUGCCUCUCUCCCCACCCCUCGUACCCCUGGAUGGACCCCCAAUACCCCCCCGACACAGUGUCCCCAAACUCCCCCAGACUUACAAGAGGGAGUCUCUGAGCCACGCCCCCUUGCUGGACACCCCCCCUGCACUGUGAUGGGACAAGUGGGCGGAAGGUGUUGGACAACCUGGGUGGGGGCGGAGCUCUGUUAGUUAACACUACAGCUGAUUGGAUCAGAGUAGAAAAUGGAUUUCAACACACCUGAUCGACCAAUCAGGACUCUGAUCCAGUCCAAACUGAGACAAAAUACAAGACUGAUCAUGUGCUCUUAUUCUGAAAAACGACAUGAUUGUGGCCUCCAGCAGAACGUCAGAGAACGUUUGGAGAACAUUAGUUGAACAUUCGUCUGUGGUCAGAAGUUCAUUUCUGUUUCUUGUCUGUGAGCUGAGACCUAAUGGGACCUGUUGGGACUGACCUGAUGGGACCUGUUGGGACUUGAUGCGACCUGAUGGGACCUGUUGGGACUUGAUGGGACCUGAUGGGACCUGUUGGGACUUGAUGGGACCUUUGUUGAGCAGACUCGUGAAGAGAGGAUUGUGGGUAAUGUGGUCCUCCACAGACCCACAUGGACAUAGUUUUAGGCGUUGGUGGUUCAGGAUCCGUCAGGUACUGGAUCAGGACCACAAAGGUACUGAAGUGGUUCUGAUAAUGUAACGUGAUGAUGCUUCUUAAAAACAAGGGAAUAAACGUGUUUCUAUGACGACACAA